AUCUUAUUCUCUAUCUUCUCUCUUCCCUCUUCUCUCUUCUCUUCAUAUGUGUAGGGUCGAAGACAAGAACGACACCGUUUCAAGGGUUGCAAUUUGCAACCUUUUGAUUGGUCUCUCUUCUCUUUGCCCAACCAAAAACAACCUUUGAUGAUAUAAAGAUCAGCCAACUUUGUCCAUCCCAAUUCUCUCUUUUUUUUUUGUUUCCCUAAUGUUUUAGACAAACACAAUUUUCCAUAAUUAUUUAUUUAUUCAAUUUUUAUCUGUUUUUGGGUUACAUAUAUCAUCAUCAUUGGAGACUGCCAUAUUUGUUAAUCGUGAUAUUAAUUUAACUAAUGUCUCAAACAAGCUACUACCGAUCACCGUUCGGAGACACGACUUACACCAAAGUGUUCGUCGGAGGAUUAGCGUGGGAAACUCCUACCGACGAAAUGCGUCGUUACUUCGAACAGUUCGGAGAGAUUCUUGAAGCCGUCAUCAUCACCGAUAAAAACACCGGCAAGUCUAAAGGCUACGGAUUCGUGACGUUUCGGGAGUCGGACUCAGCCACGAGAGCCGUCGCUGAUCCAAAUCCGGUGAUCGACGGAAGAAAAGCCAAUUGUAAUAUUGCAUCUUUUGGACGGCCUCGACCAUCGCCGCCUCGAGGUCGAGGACAAACAGGAAGUCCGAGUCAGUACCAAAGUGGAGGACCAUCAACCUAUACCGGGAUGGCUGCACCACUGCCACCGGCUGCAGCUCCCCAGCUCAUGUAUCCGUCGUACGGGUACACCUAUAACCCUGAUCAAUUUGGGUACCACCAAGCAUUGUACAACACACAGUUGCAACAAGCACAAUACUAUCAGCAGCAGCAACAGCUUUAUGGAGGAGGAGCAACAUCACCAUCAUCAUCAGGAGCAACCAUCAUGCCUUCUCCAUACUAUUAUGGCUAUUCUCUUCAAGCUCCUAGAGUACCAUACCAACACCAUCAUCAUCUUCCUCAACCAUAUAAUCCUCAACAACAUCAUCAUCAACGGUUUUCUUCUCCUUCUUUCCUCGUUUACCCAUCCAAUUCCUCUUUUGCCCCUCCUCUCCAAGGAGUACUAUCUUCUUCCACCGGUACGUACUUAAUAAAUUCCUUUUUUUUUUUCAUAUUUCUUUGGAUAUAUUUCUAGUUGUCUACUCAUACUAAUUAGUUUUAAUUUAGAAACCCAUAUAACUUAACAUGAUAUCAAAACCUCUAUAUAUUUUUUAAAAAAGUGCAUUCAUUGAUCACGAUAUCAUAACCCUAGAUUGUUAAUCCAAAUAGAGUGUGUUCUUGAUCCAAAAAGUAUCAUCUCAUGAUGACUAGAAGAACCACCUUAUCGAAAAUACGUUUUUUAGAAAUCUCACAUCUAAAAUAAAAUGUAAUCUAAUGCAAUAGACAGAAAUCAUCAAAUCUCUUAAUAUAAAUAGUUUUGAGUUAAAAUUCCUAACAACUUACAUAGUUCAGUGUUUUAUCUCUAUAAUAUUUGUUGUCCCUCUUAUUCAAACGACACCGUUCAUCACCACGUGUGAUUGCAUUGAUCAUUCAUGCACGUGAUCUAUCCGUUUUGCUGUCUUAAACUCGAAAAAGAAACAUAUAUUUGAUGCACUCUAAGCAAAAAAAAAAAGAAGGGAUUGAAAUGGAAAAGAAAAGGAGAGUGAAUGAUUGGAGAGAACAGUGAAUAAAGGAUAGCAUGUGGAGUGAGCUGUCUGUUUCAAUUACAUUGGUAUAUGUGUCUCUUCUAUCAUCUGUCAAUUUGGUCGCCAAUCGUCAUGCCAGUGAAGCCACCAUACACUGACAACUUCUACCCAAAACGAUAUAUUUAUGUGUCUAUAUUUGCAUAUUCGUUUUGGACACUAUUGAUCAUAUAUUGAUCAUUGCAUAAAUUAUUCAUCUACUUAAAUCAGAAUAAUUUGCAACAUUAGUAGGAAUACACUAUAUAUUGUCUGAUUUUAUAUGUUUUUUGUUUUGUUUCCUCCAGAAUCUGAAGCAGUACCACAACAAGUACCAGCUGCAGAAGGCGAAGCAACAACGACUGCUCCUGAAAUCACAACAAGCAACACCAAAGAACCUAUUUCUUCUUGAUCUCUCUCUCAUUUCCCAAUUUGUACAAUCUUCACAUUUUUACCUCUCUCUCUCUGAAAAAAAGAAAACAGCUAAUUCAUUUAUUUCUCAACCAGAGCAAUGACUUGAGCCCCAAGAAGACAGACUCAACACUGUCAAACUUAAAAAGACGGCUCAAGAUAAAUCUCUUGUCAUAUUUUGCUCUUUUUCUGACGGAAUAUAUAUAAAAAUUUGAGCUAUUCAU